AUGCCAUUUGACGAUACACCAUGGUGCUCUCCUAUCAAGGUUAAAUAUGGCUAUGCGAACUGCAGAAGCCCUCAUGGAGGCUAUUACAAAAAUGUCUUGGGAACGAAAUGUGACAUUCGUUGUCAGAAAGGUUAUGAACUCCAUGGUCCUCAGCAGCUUAUUUGUCAGUCGAGCAAACGCUGGUCUGGGAAAGUUUUGUGCAAACAAAAACGUUGCCAGACCCUUUCUAUGCCAGUUAAUGGAGGAUUCAAGUGUUUAGAUGGUGCAUAUUUUAAUUCCAGGUGUGAGUAUUAUUGUUCACCUGGUUAUCAGUUGAAAGGAGACAGAAUAGUCCAAUGUAUGGAUAACAAAGCUUGGAGUGGAAGACCAGCUACUUGCAUUGAUAUGGAACCACCUAGAAUUCAGUGCCCAAGUAUAAAGGAGAAAACAGCAGAACCCAAUCAACUUACAGCCCGAGUGUUCUGGGACACUCCAGAAGGGCGGGAUACAGCUGAUGGCAUUUUGACAGAUGUUAUUUUGAAAGGACUACCGCCAGGAUCACAUUUUUCAGAAGGUGACCACAAAAUCCACUACACUGUGUUUGACAGAGCUGGGAAUAAAGGAACUUGCAAAUUUCUCGUUAAAGUCAAAGUCAGGCGCUGUGGGAAACUGAAUGCUCCGGAAAAUGGUUACAUAAAAUGUUCUGGUGAUGGGAAUAAUUAUGGUGCAACCUGCGAAUUUUCCUGCAUUGGUGGGUAUGAUUUGCAAGGAAGUCCAGCAAGAGUAUGCCAGUACAAUUUAGGCUGGUCAGGAACAGAGCCAACUUGUACACCCAUGAAUAUUAAUGUUGGUGUGAGGACUGCUGCAGCACUUCUGGACCAAUUUUAUGAGAAACGGAGGUUGCUCAUCAUUUCUACUCCUACUGCAGCGAAUUAUUACUAUAGAUUACAAUUGGGAAUACUGCAGCCAGCACAGUGUGGUUUAGAUCUCCGUCAUGUUACUGUGGUAGAGCUGGUUGGGAUCUAUCCAGCACAACUGGGAAGAAUAGGUUUAAGACUGAUGCCUCCUGCCCUGGCUUUGCAACUCAGGCUGUUGCUUCGUAUCCCCCACUAUAACUUCAACAUGGUGGUGAUCGAUAAACAUGGUGUGGACAAAGAGCGGUAUCCUUUCCCAGCAACCCCUGCUGAACUCUUUGCUCUCAUUGACACUUUCCCUUUAAGAAAAGAAGAAAUGAAAUUACAAGCAGAAGCUGGCCAGUCCUGUCCCUGAUUCUGGAUUACAGCCAUUCAUAUGCCGGUAUUUUUGCUGCCUAAUUUUUCUUCUGGUGCUACACAGAGCAUGGCAUUAUGGAAGUCACUGAUGUACAUAACUGGUUUUUAAUGUAUGUGUUUUGCUUUGCGCGUGUUUGGAACAUUUCAUUUAACAUACAAGUGAUGCCUCUUCAUUAUUUUCAGAGAUUUAUUUUCUUCAGCAAGUCUUGUGAAAGUAUUGCAUUCACUUGAUUAGGUCUACCAAAUUAUUUUAAACAUACUUCCUGUAUAAAUAAGUUCAUUUCUUUUUACAGAUCUUUUAUUAAUAAAAAUAUUGUUUUGCA